AUGCAGAUGGCGUCCAAGGCACUGGGACGUCUGGCGCGCUCAUCCGGCACGCUGACGGCCGAGUGCGUAGAGUUUGAGGUGACACGUGCCCUCGAGUGGCUGGGUGGCGAGCGCUUUGAGAACAGGCGCCACGCCUCGGUGCUCGUGCUCAAGGAGCUGGCCCAGAACGCGCCAACACUCUUCUACGUGCACGCCGCCAACUUUGUCGAUCUGAUAUGGGGCGCGCUGCGAGACAGCAAGCUGGCCAUCCGUGAGGGUGCCGUCGAGGCGCUGCGCGCCUGUCUCGAGCUGAUAUCGGAGCGUGAGAGUCGUCUGCGACAGCAAUGGUAUCAGAAGAUCUACGACGAGUCCCAGAAGGCCUUCAAACAGAACGGCUCGCCCGAGGCCAUUCACGGAUCACUCAUCACACUUGGCGAGCUCCUAAGAAACACUGGCGACUUUAUGAACAACAAGUUCAAGGACGUGUGCGACACUAUCCUUCGCUACAAAGACCACCGCGACAAGCUUGUAAAGAAGACAGUAAUCACACUACUUCCAAGACUGGCCAUCUUCUCUCCAAAAGACUUUGCACAUCAUCAUUUGAACACAUGCAUGGCGCACUUGUUGGCGGCACUCAAGAAUCAGAACGAGAGGUCAUCUUCAUUUAUUGCACUGGGCGAGAUUGCUUUGGCCGUGGGCGGCAACAUCAAGCCCUACUUGGACAGAGUGGUCGUGAUGAUCAAGUCGGCCUUGACGACCAAGGGCAAACUGUUCAAUCCCGAGGUGCUAACAUGCGUCAGCAUGCUGUCAACGUCGGUGGGCAACGUGAUGAUCCCUCACAUCAGCACCAUCCUGCCCCAGAUGAUGAUGGCCGGACUCACGCCCGUCCUGGUCGACGCGCUGCGCGACCUCACCGUGUCGCUGCCUUCGCUCAUCCCACAGAUCCAGGUACGUUUGCUGAUGCUCAUCUCCCAGGUGCUGGCAAACAAGCCCUUCCAAGAGCCAGGAACACCACUUCAUUAUCGCAAAAUGGCUGCGUCAUAUGCUGGCCUAGGCGCAGCCCAACCAAACCCCGACUCGGACCCAGCCAUGACUGCGCUGGCCCUGCGGACGCUUGGCACAUUCGACUUCUCAAAUCACAACCUAAUCGAGUUUGUUCGCGAUACCGUGUCCACCUACCUCGAGGACGACAACCCCGAGAUCAGACGCGAAGCCUCAAUCACAUGCACCAAGCUCAUGGUCAAGCACGACGAGCCAAACCUCUCGCGCGGCCACACAUCGCUCAUCAUUGGCGAGAUUCUCGAGAAGUUGUUGGUAGUGGGUAUUGCCGACCCCAACCCAUCGAUCCGCCGCACUGUACUCAGCGCGCUCGACAACCACUUUGACCACCAUCUGGCUCAGGCCGAGAACCUACGCAGUCUGUUCAUCGCGCUCAACGACGAGGUGUUUGAGAUUCGUGAGCUGGCCAUCUCUGUAAUUGGCAGGCUGACCCAGCGCAACCCCGCCUACGUCAUGCCCUCACUCAGAAAGACGCUCAUCCAGUUGCUGACCGAGCUUGAGUUCAGUGGUGACAGCAGGAACAAAGAGGAGUCGGCGCGUCUUCUCGGACAUCUGAUAAGCGCGUCCGAACGUUUGAUCAAGCCAUAUGUCGAGCCAGUGCUCAAGGCGCUGAUGCCCAAGCUGCGCGAUCCAAACCCACGUGUCGCCUCUUGUGUUCUGGCGGCACUCGGCGAGCUGUCUGUUGUUGGAGGCGAGGAGAUGUCUGUUCACAUCGAUCAACUCAUCCCACUCAUUGUCGACACCCUGCAAGAUCAAUCAUCGACUAGCAAGCGUGAAGUGGCACUCAAGACGCUCGGCCAGCUGGCCUCCAGCACGGGCUAUGUCAUUCGUCCAUUCGCCAAGUAUCCCACACUUCUCGACACCCUACUCAACGCCAUCAAGACCGAGCGCAAUCAAUCUAUUCGUCGCGAGGUCAUCAAGGUGCUGGGCAUCCUCGGUGCGCUCGACCCCUACAAGCACAAGAUGAACGAGCUUGGACAUCGUCGCGAGGACCCCAAGAUCGAUGACAAGAGCUCGUCCAACGCAGUCAACGAGCAGGUCACAAUCUCACCGUCGUCCGAGGACUACUACCCUACGGUCUCAAUCACAGCACUCAUGAAGAUUCUUCGCGAUCCAUCAUUGUCUACACAUCACACCAGCGUCAUUCAGGCUGUUAUGUUCAUCUUUAAGAGUCUGGGUCUGAAGUGCAUCCCCUUCCUACCACAGAUCAUGCCGCCCUUCCUCCACGUCAUGAACUCUUGCGAGCCUGGCUUCCGCGAGUUCCUCUUCCAACAGCUCAGCUCGCUCGUGUCCAUCGUCAAGCAACACAUUCGCGACUACCUCGUCGACAUCUUUGCUCUCAUUGAGAAGUACUGGAACUCCAACCUGCUGAUCCCCAUCAUCAACCUUGUCGAGGAGAUAUCAUCGGCGUUGAACGACGAGUUCAAGGUCUACCUGCCCAACCUCAUCCCACAGAUGCUCAACGUGUUGCACUCGGAUCGCUCGCCAAAGCGCAUGCCAACAUCCAAGGUGCUCCGAGCACUGGAAGUGUUUGGCACCAACCUGGACGACUACCUCCAUCUCGUCAUACCAGCUGUCGUCAAGUUGUUUGAGCAGGUCGACACGCCAUCACAGGUGCGCGCACUGGCCAUCCAAACCAUUGGCCGCCUGUGCAAGAAGCUCAACUUCUCCGACUACGCCUCGCGCAUUAUACAUCCCCUGGCACGUGUGCUGGACGUCGACGGCGUCAACGAGCUCAAGGACGACGCUCUGCAGACCCUGUGUGCGCUCGUCUAUCAACUGGGCUCAGACUACGUCAUCUUCGUGCCAAUGGUGCGCAAGGUGUUGCAAAAGCGCGACAUUCAAUAUACCAACUACGAGCAACUCGUCGCCAAGCUGUCGGCCAAGAACCAACAGUUGGCGGGCUCCAGCGACGAGGUGAUGGGAUUCCGCCACCCUGACACAUCGGCCGAGGAGGUGACGACCACCGUCUCUCCGGAGAUGAGCUUCAAGAAGCUCAAGGCCAACGAACAGCACCUAAAGAACGCGUGGGAGACCUCGCAGCGAUCCACCAAGGAGGACUGGGUCGAGUGGAUCCGUCGUUUCUCUGUCGAGCUACUGCGUGAGUCGCCCUCGCCCGCACUGCGCUCAUGUCUCUCACUGGCACAGGACUAUCACCCGCUUGUCAAGGAGUUGUUCAACGCCGGCUUUGUCAGCUGCUGGACUGAGCUCCACGAGCAAUACCAAGACGACUUGGUUCACAGCUUGGAGACUGCUCUCAUGUCGCCCAACAUCCCACCCGAGAUCCUACAGACAUUGCUCAACUUGGCCGAGUUCAUGGAGCUCCACGAGAAGCCCCUGCCCAUUGACAUCCGCACCCUUGGCGCGCUGGCCGAGAAAUGUCACGCCUACGCCAAAGCACUGCACUACAAGGAGAUUGAGUUCCAGCAAGCGUCCAACUCAACCAUCGAAGCACUGAUCAGUAUCAACAAUCAACUGCAGCAGCCUGAGGCUGCCAUCGGUAUCCUGAUCUACGCACAGAAGAACCACAGCGUCGAGCUGAAGGAGUCUUGGUACGAGAAGCUCAGACGAUGGGAGGACGCCUUGGCCGCGUAUGAGAAGAAGCAAAAGGACGACCCCAACUCAAUCGAGAACACACUGGGCAUCAUGAGAUGUCUGCACGCACUUGGAGAGUGGGAGCGAUUGUCAACGCUGUCCAACGACUUGUGGAAGAACGCCAGCGAGUCCACCAAGAUCUCUGUGGCGCCACUCGCCUCGGCCGCCGCAUGGAACCUCUCGAGCUGGGAUACAAUGGACGAGUACGUCAAGGCCAUGAGCCAGGACACGAUUGAAGGCUCAUUCUACCGUGCCAUCCUCGAGGUGCACAAGAACAACUUUAACCACGCUCAUCACUUUAUCGAACACGCCCGUGUCCUCGUGGACACAGAGCUGACUGCUCUGCUAGGCGAAAGCUACAACCGUGCCUACAAAAUGGUGGUCCGUCUACAGCAGUUGUCCGAGCUUGAAGAGAUCAUCGAGUACAAGAAGUCCGCAGACUCGCCAUCUCGCAAACAGAUGAUCAGGAACACAUGGAAGACAAGAUUGAGAGGCUGUCAACACAACGUCGACAUCUGGCAGAGUGUGCUGGCCGUGCACUCACUGGUCAUCUCACCACACGAGGAGUUGGACAUGUGGCUUAAGUUCAUUGGUCUGUGUCGCAAGAGCUCCAGAUUGGGCCUGUCGCAAAAGACGUUGGCCAUGCUCAUGGGCAAGGACCCGGCCACACAACAGUUUGGCGGCAUCCUCCCCAACACACAUCCACGAAUCACAUUCGCUUACAUCAAACAGCUAUGGAGCGCUGGAAGCAGACCCGUCGCGUAUGAGCGUCUGCGCACCUUUGUUCAAGCGCUGCAGGACACUGACGACCUGCCUCUGCAAGGCCGCGCGCACCUCAAGCUGGGCGAGUGGCAGCUGGAGCUGGGCGAGACACUGAAUGAAUCGUCAAUCCCACAUAUCAUCUCGUCGUUCCACGCAGCAACCGAAUGUGACCCCAACUGGUACAAGGCAUGGCACUCGUGGGCACUGAUCAACUUUGAGGUGGUCUCUCACUACGAACAGAAUGGCGGCACACAGGAGCAGAUCGCCAGCCACCUGUUGCCUGCAGUACGCAGCUUCUUCCGAUCUAUUGCACUGGCACCCGAGCAAUCACUACAGGACACACUACGUCUGUUGACACUCUGGUUCAAACACGGCGCACAAAAGGAUGUAGAGGCCUCUUUAAUGCAGGGAUUCAACACCGUGAGCAUUGACACAUGGCUGCAGGUGAUCCCUCAAUUGAUCGCUCGUAUCCACGCACCAGUGUUGCCCGUUCGACGACUGCUGCACGAGCUGCUCGACUCGAUUGGCAAGGCACAUCCACAAGCCCUGGUCUACCCACUGACCGUCGCCACCAAGUCACAGUCGCCAGCACGUCUGGCAGCAGCACGUGCCAUCAUGGACAAGAUGAGAAAGCAUACAAACCUCGUCGACCAGGCCAUCCCCGUCAGUCAGGAGCUAGUGCGUUCCGCCAUCCUCUGGCACGAGAUGUGGUAUGAGGGUCUGGAGGACGCCUCGAGACAAUACUUUGGCGAGCACAACCCAGACGCAAUGCUGGCCACCCUUGCACCUCUGCAUCAGAUACUGGACAAGGGACCAGAGACCACAAGCGAGACAUCUUUCAUCCAUGCUUUUGGAAGGGACCUUCAAGAGGCCCUCGAGUGGAGCAAAAAGUAUGAGCGAUCGCGCAAGGAGGGCGACCUGAACCAAGCAUGGGACCUCUACUACCAGGUGUUCAGACGUAUCUACAAGCAGCUGCCACAGAUGAUCUCGUUGGAGUUGCAGUACAUCUCACCAAAGCUCAUGAACUCAAUCGAUAUGGACUUGGCCGUGCCAGGCACAUACAAGGUUGGAGACCCAGUCAUCAAGAUUCAAUCAUUCUCGCCCGUGCUCAGCGUCAUCCCCUCCAAGCAGCGACCAAGGAAGCUUACAAUCAUUGGCUCCGACGGACUCGAGUACACAUUCUUGCUGAAAGGUCACGAGGACCUGCGUCAGGACGAGCGUGUCAUGCAGCUGUUUGGCCUGGUCAACACGCUUCUCAGUGCCAAUCACGAGACUGCCAAGUCCCAUCUGAGCAUCAGACGAUUCAGUGUCAUCCCCCUGUCACCAAACUCUGGCCUCAUUGGAUGGGUGCCACACUCUGACACACUGCAUGCGCUGAUUCGCGACUAUCGUGAGAGCAACAAGAUCCUGCUCAACAUUGAGCAUCGACUCAUGUUGCAGAUGUGCUCCGACUAUGACAACCUCACACUCAUGCAAAAGGUCGAGGUGUUUGAGUAUGCACUGGAGAGCACCAAUGGACAGGAUCUGCACAAGGUUCUUUGGCUCAAGAGCAGGAACUCAGAGGUCUGGCUGGACCGCCGCACCAACUACACACGUUCGCUGGCAGUGAUGUCCAUGGUGGGAUACAUCCUUGGACUGGGUGAUCGUCAUCCAAGCAACCUGAUGCUCGAUCGCUACACUGGAAGAAUCUUGCAUAUUGACUUUGGUGAUUGUUUCGAGGUGGCAAUGCACCGCGAGAAGUACCCCGAGAAGAUCCCAUUCCGUCUCACAAGGAUGCUUAUCAACGCCAUGGAGGUGUCUGGAAUCGAGGGUAACUUCAGACUGACGUGUGAGUCGGUGAUGACCGUGCUGCGCAACAGCAAGGAGUCGCUGAUGGCCGUCCUUGAGGCCUUUGUCCACGACCCUCUGAUCAACUGGAGACUGCUAACACCCAACCACGACAAGGACAGUAAGGUCACCAAGCAGGACCUUGGCGACAAUGAAUCGCCAGACUCGACUUUGAGCACGUCAUCCCCCGUGCACAGACAGCCACGCGGUCACCCACGCGUUGAGGAACAGGUGGAAGCUGAGGUUGUGCCCGAGGUUCUCAACGAGAGGGCUCUGUCGGUCAUCAACCGUGUCAACAAGAAGCUUACAGGAAGAGACUUUAGCAACGAAACAUUGGCCGUCUCGGAACAGAUUCAGAAGCUCAUCGACCAAGCCACCUCCCACGAACAUCUAUGUCAGUGCUACGUCGGCUGGUGUGCCUUUUGGUAA